AUGACGGAGGAUGACGUCAAAUCACCAGUCUUAGAUGCAGAGUUUUGGAUUAUGAUUAUUUUGUUAAGUGUAUCGAUCCCGUGUUCAAUCAGUAUUUUCAUUUAUUUUUAUCGACAGCGAAAGAAGAUUGCAAUUCAACACCAUCUGACUCUUGUAUUGGUUACUCUCUGUUUUAUGGACAUGGUUAUCAAUUAUCCAAUAGCCUUGGUGCAAAACCGGCGGCAAAGGGUUAUUUCUGCAACAGCAAGUUUUUGUUUAUUGUGGAACUGGUGGGCUUAUUCAUUGAUCACUACACUGAUAUGGGUGGCCGCUUAUGGUUCAAUUGAGCGAUACUUACUUGUCUUUCAUAAUGGUCUUUUCUUAACAAGAAGAAAACGAAUUUUUCUUCAUUUUCUCCCGAUAUUAACUGCAAUCAUUUACUCUUACACAUUCUAUUUCGUCGUUAUUGUUCUUCAUUCCUGUGAAGACCGAUGGGAUUAUAAUUCUCUACUCUGCCGUCUGCCGUGCUACGUAUACAGUCAACCUACAGCUUCAUUAUAUGAUUUUGUUGUGAAUACAUUUAUACCAUUGACUAUAAUAACUGUAGCAAAUGUGGUUUUAAUUGUUCGAGUGCUUUGGCAGAAACGGAAAAGACAACGAGAUUGGAAACGCAAAUGGAAGUUAUCCGCCUAUCUCAUAUUACUUGCUGUCUUUUUCAUGAUUACUUGGUGUCCAGGAACGAUUAACAGCCUUAUCUACCUGUACACAUUGUCACCGGUAUCUGAAAACCUACAAAUGAAAUACUUCUUUUUCCUCCCGAGUUUAUUGGAAAUGAUAUUGUCGAUCAUUUCCGUAUUCUUCCUACCGGAUUUCACGAAAACAGUUUUUAGAUUUCGUCGAAGAACUGUGAAGCCACAUAUAGUUAAUCAUUAG